AUGGCCGUUUUCACUUCCAAAAAGUACCGGUCUGCCGCCGACCUCAACUCCGGCGCCGCCAAGUACCGUCGCGCCAUCGCCAAACACCCCUUCCUCACCUUCGGCCUGCCGUUUCUGACUAUCAUCAUUGCCGGGUCGUUUGUGCUGACCCGUGCCACGGCCAUUCGGUACGAGAAGCACGAUAGGAGGGUGAAGCAGAUGACGAGGGACGAGGAGUUGAAUGUGCGCAAGAACCCGCGCAAGGUGGAUUGGAGGGAUGAGUACCAGAGAUUGAGAGCGGACAAGGACCUCGAUGAUUGGCAGCAGAAGAGAGCCGAGCGUCUUCCCGGUGAACCCGAUGGUACGAUGUAA